UCCUACACCGCGCGUUAAAGUUAUCCACUUCAACUACUCCCAACCCCUAAGCAGACUUUGUCAUCCAAAACUAUCAGACCUUUUAAGAAAACACUGCAAAGAAUUAAGUAACCUUUGUUCACUCGAGAGCGUUUGGAGUACCCCCUCCCUGGCGCGCGCUGCAUCUUGUUCUUGCGGUAGUUAUUUUGCUCAUGACCCCCUCCGCACGAAACGACAGUUUAUCUGUGUUUGAUUUUUUGGAGGUUUCACAUCCCGCGAUAGUCUGGCUGGAUAACAAUUUUUUAUUUUCCUUUUUUUUUGGUGAAUUGGACUUAAGUUUAUUUUUAGUCAUUAAGGAAACAUUUAUCAACAAGUCUGGACUUGCUUUCUCAGUUUAAACAUCAGCCUAAUUGUGCCUCAUCAUUUAUUAAAGUAGAAUGUCAUCUUUACCGGGAACAGUACCGCGAAUGAUGCGACCGGCUCCAGGACAGAACUAUCCCCGCACCGGAUUCCCUUUGGAAGUUUCAACACCUCUGGGCCAAGGUCGAGUGAAUCAGCUUGGCGGUGUAUUCAUUAAUGGCAGGCCUUUGCCAAAUCAUAUCCGCCACAAAAUAGUUGAAAUGGCUCACCACGGCAUCCGUCCCUGCGUGAUCUCAAGACAGCUUCGCGUUUCACACGGCUGCGUGUCCAAAAUCCUUUGCCGAUAUCAAGAAACUGGCUCAAUCCGUCCUGGAGCAAUAGGAGGAAGUAAACCCAGACAGGUGGCAACACCUGACGUGGAAAAACGAAUUGAGGAAUACAAGCGCGAGAAUCCCGGCAUGUUUAGUUGGGAGAUCCGGGACAAACUGUUGAAGGACGGGGUGUGUGACAGAAGUACAGUUCCCUCAGGUGAGGCCUCAUCUGUAAGUUCUAUCAGCCGGGUUCUUCGUGCGCGUUUCGGCAAAAAAGACGACGAGGAUGAUUGUGACAAAAAAGAUGACACUGGAGAGAAAAAAACGAAACACAGUAUUGACGGCAUACUGGGAGACAAAGGUCGAAUGGAUGAAGUCUCGGACGUGGAGUCUGAACCAGACCUGCCGCUCAAGAGGAAGCAGAGACGCAGUCGGACCACCUUCACAGCUGAGCAACUGGAGGAGCUGGAAAAGGCCUUCGAAAGGACACACUACCCUGACAUCUACACCAGAGAGGAACUAGCCCAGAGAACCAAGCUCACUGAGGCCAGAGUACAGGUUUGGUUCAGCAAUCGCCGAGCCAGGUGGCGCAAACAAGCUGGAGCAAAUCAACUAGCAGCAUUUAACCAUCUGUUACCUGGAGGAUUCCCACCCACCGGCAUGCCCACUCUACCAACAUACCAGCUUCCAGAGUCCAGCUAUCCUACAACAACAUUACCACAAGACGUCAGUGGCACUGUGCACCGACCUCAGCCUUUGCCCCCCUCCACCAUGCAUCAAGGCGGGCUCUCGAGCGACAGUAGCUCCGCCUACGGCCUCUCGUCCAAUCGGCACAGUUUCUCCAGCUACACUGACACCUUCAUGAGCCAAUCAGCGUCCAGCAAUCACAUGAACCCUGUGAGCAAUGGACUCUCUCCGCAGGUGAUGAGCAUCCUGAGCAACCCAAGCGCCGUGGCUCCUCAGCCUCAGCAUGAGUUCUCCAUCUCCCCCCUGCACAGCAGCCUGGAGGCCUCAAACCCCAUCUCUGCCAGCUGCAGCCAGCGCUCCGAGCCCAUAAAGACUGCUGACAGCCUGCCCUCCUCCCAAUCUUACUGCCCCCCUACAUACAGCACCACCAGCUACAGCGUGGACCCCGUCACUGCGGGAUACCAGUAUAGUCAGUACGGCCAGACUGCAGUGGAUUACCUGGCUAAGAAUGUGAGCUUGUCCACGCAGAGAAGGAUGAAGCUGGGAGAGCACUCGGCUGUGCUCGGACUUCUACAGGUGGAGACGGGACAGGCGUAUUGAUGGAUCUCGAACUGAACAUCCACCCGUGCGUUUCACCAGCAUCCCUCCAUUCUUUCUGCAGUGCCCACAUGUGGCCCAUCUGACAAAGAGUGAACGAGACCAAAAGAAGCUAGAAAAAUCACGGGCAGUCUUAGACUUUCUACCUAUAGCAGCGUGAAUACAAAAGCCAUUCCACAUUAAAACAGACACUAUUGUGCUGCAUCUCCUUUCUCAUCCCGAUCCUCUCUCUUUCACAACAAAGAGACCCUUUCAGGGCUUCAUAUAGAAGCCGAGGGAAAACGAGCAUCAAUUGUCUGAGCUCAAAUCACUAAAGCCCUGCCCGUCGGCAUACAAUGUUUAGCACACAUCGACUAUAGCCGCUUGCCCAUUCCAAAUGGAAAAUGUUGUUUAUAGGACUGAAAAUGAUGGUAUUAUAAUUAUAUUUGUUAUUAUAAAUGUGGUUGUUCCUAAUGCUGUUGCAUUUACUACUAUUGUAAUUACUCUUUGUUUACAUGUUUCAUUUUUUUUCUCCUCAUGCUUAGUUCCUGUUUCUAUUUUAACCAAAAGGCCUUGCUUUUUAACAUUACAUUUCUGAUGGAUCAACAUGGAGAGACGCUGACAGAUUUGACAAACUAUGAUUCUCAUUU